GGCGUCGCGUCGCCAUCCCGAAGCAGUUACUUCCCCACUCCACUCAUGAUCACAAAACUAAUUACAAACCCAGGGAAACAAUUCCACUCGCCGCGGAAACCUUCCUUCUGGGCCUCGUCCGGUCGUCCGUCCCUUCGCGCCCCUGAAAUUGUCCGACCGCGUGGCGACUCGGGUCGGACGGAUGCCGGUCGACGUCGAGGCGGCGAUGGCCCCGCCCCAGGCGGCAUCGGCCUGCAGCUCGUCGUCGAUAGGCAGGGACAGCGACGAGUGCUCGCCGCCGGGGAAGGAGGAGGAAGGGGAGGGGGAGGUGCAGAGCGCGUACGAGGGAGGAGGAGGGGGCAGCCUCGCUGGGUUGGAGGCAUUGGAGGAGGCGCUGCCUAUUCGAGAUUACUCUGUGGGUGUGAUUCUGCCGCUUCUUUCUACAAAUGGCGCAGCAUAUCCAAAUUCUACAAUGGUAAAUCCAAAUCAUUUGUGUGCCUGAAAGAAGCUAUAACAUUUUCAGGCUCUGCAAAAGACAUUACUAAGUCAGAGAAUGCAUACUCCAGAAAACGGAAGAAUCUCUUUGCCUACAUCAUCAUGUAUGGAAAUUCACAUGAACCACGGGCAGCUCAAGUUUAUGAAACUGCCGCCCCUAAGAGGCAUGCUAGUUUGAGUAGAAACUCUUUGGUGACUUUGGCUAGCAGCAGUUCCAGGAGCAGCAGCAGUAUCAGCAUUGAAGAGCAUGAACUGCCCGAGCAUCUUGAUUCUCCGCGUUCACCUGAUGGUUUUAUAUCCGCACCACGAUCUGGCUCUUGCGUGCCUGAUGCAUCUGUGCCUAGGUCAUUGUCAAUGAUGGACUUGCAUCGUCUGAAUAGGUCAAGUUCCUCAGUUCGUCUCAAAGAUGGGAAAUAGGAAAUACGACUGGACUUGGAUCCAGAGGAUUUUCUAUUUCUUUUUGUCAUCUUUUGCUCGAGGUUUCUAGCACCAUCUUCUCUAAUAGAACUAAGGAUGGCAUGGAGGUUUCUGGAUAAAUAAGUGAUCACUUAGUUUGGCGAGGGGUAUAUAUGUGUUUGUAAAAUAGUUCUUCACUCCAUUGUAAUUAGCAUAUAAUGUACUAAUAUGAAUGCCUCUACUCAUGUGACCAUCUUCAGCUGUAAAUUAACAAAUACCUUUUUAUGCCGUUUGUCGUUU